AUGAAGUCUUCCGAAGAAAAAGAAGGAAAAAAGGACGACAAUCAACCAAAGCUGGUCUUCCAGGAAUCUUCUCUGUAUCCUAAUCUGAUAGAUCUGGAGACCGAAUUGUUCCCACCCCCGUAUGCGGAUCCACAUCCGCCCUUGCUUCCACAGGUUCCACAAGUUUCAUCGGGAGAAGCCCGGAGGAGGGCGGAGCCCUCGGCUCCUCCUAGGGAAGGGGGCCCCGCCCAGGGAACUCAGGGAAGAGCAAGGGAAGUGGCCAGCACAGUGGAAGAAGAAGGCCCGGAAAUUCCCUCCUCCUCUGUUCAAGCGUUUCUGUGGCCCUUUUCCACUAGUGAUUUGUACAAUUGGAAAAGUCAGACUCCCUCUUUCUCUGAAAAACCGCAGGGUCUUAUUGAUCUUUUAGAAUCUAUCCUCUUUACUCACAACCCCACUUGGGAUGAUUGUCAGCAACUGUUACAGGUGCUUUUCACUACAGAGGAGCGUGAGCGAAUCCUGUUAGAAGCUCAGAAGAACAUGCCGGGGGUAGAUGGAAGGCCCACAACACAGCCUAACCUCAUUGAGGAGGGGUUCCCCUUGGUGCAACCCAACUGGGACUUCAAACGCGCUGAAGGUAGGGAGAGUCUCCAAAUGUACCGCCAGAUCCUUAUGGCCGGCCUUAGAGUGGCUGCCAGAAAGCCAACUAAUUUGGCCAAGGUAAAUUCAGUGAGGCAAGAGCCAAAUGAGAGCCCAGCAGCCUUCCUUGAAAGGAUAAUGGAAGCUUUUAGACAGUAUACUCCUAUGGACCCACAGGCAGAUGAGUCUCGAGCAGCAGUUAUGCUCGCAUUUGUGAAUCAGGCAGCCCCCAAUAUUAGGAGAAAGUUACAAAAGGUAGAGAGGCUGGGUGAACAGUCCCUGCAAGAUCUAGUGAGGGCAGCAGAGAGAGUUUUCAAUCAUAGAGAGACCCCAGAGGAGAGAGAGGACCACAUUAGAAGGGAGGAAAGAGAAUUUAGAGCUGAAGAAAACUGUAAGAACCAAAAAGAGCUGGCUCAGAUAUUUUUCGCCAGAGUUGAAAACAAAAAUAGGUUCCAGAAAGGGAAAAAGCUAGACUCAAAGACUGAGGAAAAACCUGCAACGCGUAAGCUUGAAAAAAACCAAUGUGUGUUUUGUAAGGAGAUUGGACAUUGGAAAGAUAAAUGCCCCAAGAAAAACCUAAAAGAGGGGCCCAAAAAUCCCAAGAACGAGACUCCCUCUCCAGACAGUCAUAUCCUCUACGCGGGUGAGGAUAGUGACUAGGGGGGUCAGGGCUCAACGCCCCUCUCCGAGUCCUGGGUAACUAUAAAUGUGGAGGGGAAACCGGUUGGCUUCAUGGUGGAUACGGGAGCUCAAUACUCAGUCUUAAGCCAAAGAGAUGGACCCAUGUCUAAGAAAAGUAGCUGGGUGCAGGGAGCAACCGGGACUAAACAAUAUGGAUGGACUACAAAACGGCAUGUGAACUUGGGGGCCCACCAGGUAACCCAUUCCUUUCUGGUGAUACCUGAGUGUCUAGCGCCCUUGCUGGGAAGAGAUUUACUGUCUAAAGUAAAUGCCCAAAUUCAUUUCGACCACGGGCAAGUGUCAGUUUUAGAUGGAACCGGGCAUCCUCUUCAGGUCUUGUCUCUGGCAUUAAAGGAUGAAUACAGACUGUACUUGCCAGAGGCCCCAGUGACAAUAAGUCCUGAAGUACAGCCAUGGGUUCAGACAUACCCUCAGGCCUGGGCUGAAACAGCAGGAAUGGGACUGGCCAAACAGAGGCCCGCUAUUAUUGUGGAACUGAAAGCCAGUGCCACACCGGUGAGAGUGCGGCAGUAUCCCAUGAGUCAAGAGGCUUGGCAAGGAAUUACUCCUCACAUACAAUGCCUCAUAGAUGCUGGGGUCUUGAGAAAGUGCCGGUCCCCAUGGAACACUCCCCUGCUUCCCGUAAAGAAGCCUGGGGGAACUGAUUUUAGACCGGUUUAAGACCUGCGAGAAGUCAACAAACGGGUGAGUGAUAUUCAUCCUACAGUUCCUAACCCUUAUACAUUGCUAAGCAGCUUGCCACCAAGCUACGUUUGGUAUACUGUUUUAGAUUUAAAAGAUGCCUUUUUCAGUCUGCCUCUUGCCCUUGCAAGCCAAGAGAUCUUCACCUUAGAAUGGCAGGAAGACGGUGGUCAGACUCCUGUGCAGCUGACGUGGACUCGCUUACCACAGGGUUUCAAAAACUCACCCACGUUGUUUAACGAGGCCUUGGAUGAAGACCUCUGUGAGUAUUGGUUUGAACACCCUACCAUUGUUUUAUUACAAUAUGUUGAUGACCUUAUUCUGGCAGCAACUAUGGAAACAGAGUGCCAAGGGGCAACAGGUGACCUUCUCCAAACCUUGGGGACUUUAGGUUACAGGGCCAGUGCCAAAAAGGCCCAGAUUGCCAAGCAAGAGGUUACAUACCUCAGUUAUAAGAUAAAACAGGGCCAGAGGUGGCUAACACAGGCUAUGAAAGAAACCAUCCUCCAGAUCCCUGAGCCGGCCAACCCUAGACAAGUGAGAGAAUUUCUGGGAACUGUGGGAUAUUGCCGAUUAUUGAUCUUGGGGUUUGCAGAAAAGGCCAGGCCCCUGUAUGAAGGGACCAAAGAAAACAAAGACUGGAAAUGGACUGAGUCAAUGAAAACGGCCUUUCAGGAGCUCAGGCAUGCCUUGCUGGAAGCUCCUGCCCUUGCCCUUCCUAACCCAUCUAAGUCUUUCCAAUUAUUUAUAGAUGAAUGGCGAGGGAUAGGAAAAGGGGUACUAACACAGAAGUGGGGACCUUGGAAGCAUCCCAUAGCUUACCUUUCCAAGAAAUUGGACCCAGUGGCAGCUGGAUGGCCACCUUGCCUCCAAAUCAUCACAGCCACCAUGCUCCUAGUCCAUGAUGCUGAUAAACUGACUUAUGGACAGAGACUCUUGGUCUACACUCCUCAUGCUAUAGAGAGAGUUCUGAAACAACCCCCGGGUAAAUGGAUUUCCAAUGCCCGCUUGACACACUACCAGGCCCUGCUACUUGACACCUCACGGAUUCAUUUUCAAACGCCCUGCACUCUAAACCCGGCUACUCUUUUGCCCAAUCCGGAGGGGGAUAGCCCCCUCCACGAUUGCAAUGAGAUACUGGCCGGAGUAAUGGCAAUACGGAAGGACUUAACAGAUACGCCACUGGAUAACAGUGAGCUAAUAUGGUUUACAGAUGGAAGCAGCUAUGUAAAAGAUGGAGAGAGAUGGGUGGGGGCUGCAGUGAUAGAUGAUUCUGGACAGAUGAUAUGGGUGGAGACUCUUUCCCCAGACACCUCAGCACAAAGAACAGAGUUAAUUGCCCUGAUUCAGGCAUUAGAGAGUAAAGGAAAAAGAAUAACUAUUUUUACUGACAGUCGCUAUGCUUUUGGCACGGUACACAUCCAGGGCCCGAUAUAUCGGGAACGGGGGUUUUUGACAGCUGAAGGAAAAGAGAUUAAAAACUUGCCAGAAAUCCGUCGACUUCUGGAGGCUGUGCAGUUGCCUCAGGCUGUGUCAAUAGUACAUGUACCUGGACAUCAAAAAGGGGAUAGCCGCACAGCACGAGGAAAUCGUGCCACAGAUCUGGCAGCUCGAAAAGUGGCUGAUGAAGAUUUUAUUGCUCUGGUGUUGGUGAUCAGACUUCCACCCCCAGGUAUGGGAACUUUGACCCCAACCCCUGAGUAUUCAUCCACAGACCUUGCCUGGAUCCAGGAACGUCCUAACCUCCAACAAGGAGAGGAUGGAUGGUACCGAGACUCCGAUGGUUACUUGAUACUCCCUGCUCAGUUGGGACGGCAACUGUGUGAGCAUCUACACUCGUCUACUCAUCUGGGAGAGAAAAAGACUCUGAUGCUUUUUCAAACUGUGCGCCUGCAAUUCCCCCAGCACCAAACAACUGUGAAGAACACAGUACAUGCUUGUAAGGCAUGUCAACAGAUGAGGCCAGGAAAGAGGCAACAUGCAGGACUGAUGUAUCAGGGAGAAAGGCCAGGACAGCACUGGGAAAUAGAUUUCACCGAGGUAAGGCCAGGCAAGUAUGGUUACCGGUACUUGUUAGUGUUGGUAGAUACCUUCUCAGGGUGGGUAGAAGCUUUUCCUACUAAGGGAGAAACUGCAAUGGUUGUGGCUAAAAAUAUUUUAGAAGAAAUAGUUCCCAGGUUUGGUCUGCCGGUGACUGUUGGCUCUGAUAAUGGACCUGCUUUUGUGAGCCAAAUAGUUCAGAGCCUUGCCCUAGCUCUGGGGACCAAAUGGAAAUUACAUUGUGAAUACAGCCCACAGAGCUCAGGGCAAGUUGAAAGAAUGAAUCGGACCCUAAAGGAAACUUCAACUAAAUUGGCUAUAGAGACUGGCAGGGACUGGGUGACUCUCCUUCCCUUCGCCCUCUUUCGUGCACGUAAUACUCCUUAUCAGCUUAAUCUGACCCCAUUUGAAAUUCUGUAUGGGUGACCUCCCCCUGUAUGUCCAAUAUUUGAAGGAAAGAAACUUCCACCUCCUACUUUGGGACAAUUCCAGGAGGCUUUGAUGGCUUUGGGCAAAGUGCAUUCUCAUGUCUGGAAACUGCUCCGGGAAAUACAUGAGGGUCAAAACAAGGGGACCAGCCCCUCACAUAACAUCGGCCCCGGAGAUUGGGUCUGGGUCAAAAGGCACCACAUCAAGGCACUAGAACCUAAGUGGAAGGGUCCUUAUGUUGUUCUUCUUACCACCCCAACUGCCCUAAAGAUAGACGGUAUCGGCACUUGGGUGCAUUGCAACCACGUACACCCGGUGGUAAAUGUACCUUGGAAGAGGGGCUACCUCCAGAAUCAUGCAUUCUGGGCAUGUCCAGGUGCACCCAGGCACAACUGGAAGAUCUGUGGGGGGAUACAGGACUCUUAUUGUAAAUCUUGGGACUGCGUAACUUCUAAUGAUGGGUCAGAGACUCCAGGGUAUAGACGGGGGGAUGUAGGAAAUCGGGACUUGCUUAACUUCUCAUUUGUAGGACCCGUACCUCCGUACUCCAAUAGGGAAAAGGAUCAUAACUUUGCCCAGGUAAAAAUAAGGUUUAACAUUGACAAAGCAAAAAAAGAGAAGGCCUGGGUCAACGGGAUAUCAUGGGGACUUCAGACUAGAAAUGACCUGACUACUUAUAAUGGGAUCAUUGUUGUGAGUCAAGUUUUAGAACCAGUACAAAUGUAUAGUAUCGGUCCAAACCCCGUUGAACAGGUCCAUGCAACGCUCUACCCGACAACCUCCCUACCUACAUCCCAGGGACCAACAAAAGACCCAGAGGCGGGCCCCCUUGCUAAACUUGGACAAACAGAUCCACUGUGGAAAUUAGUAAAGGCAGCUUAUGCUACCUUAAAUCAAACCCAUCCUGAGGCAACUAAAUCCUGUUGGUUCUGUUACAACUUAAUUCCCCCUUAUUACGAGGUAGUAGGCCUCAACGCCUCUUACAACCUGGCCAACGGCACCGAUCCUCCCCAAUGUCAAUGGGGAGAAUGA